AUGCAGUUCACAACCGCCAUCCUCUCGACCCUCCUGGCCGGCAGCGCCGUCGCAUCCCCCCUGUCCACCUUUGCCGCCACGGAGUGGACGAUCGAGUCGCUCAAGCGCACGUGCGCCACCGACGACAGCAGCUGCACGUGGACCUUCGGCAUCUCCACGGGCGCCGAGGGCGCCGCGGCCACGGCGUGCACCUACGAGGUCAAGUCGUCGGCGACGGCGAACGCCACCGAGGCCUCGGGUGGCCCGGUGACCUGUGGCGCCUACACCGUGACCAGCGGGUGGAGCGGCCAAUUCGGCGCCGGCCAGGGCUUCACCACGCUGAGCGUCGUCGACACCGACAGCAAGCUCAUCGCGUACCCGGCCUACACCGACACGCAGCUCGUCAACGGCACCGUCGUCACACCCGAUCUGAGCUUCCCCGUGCAGACCCUGCCUGGCCAGUAA